AUGGAUCCUAAUCUUCUCAGUUUCUUUUCGGUGCCAAACAAUCAAACACUGAACCCGGUGGACCAGAAUGCCGAAUCGUCGGCCGGCGCCGUCCCCCAACAGCAACCAGAUCCCGCAUCAUGGCGACCAACGGGGUUAGACGCCAACAUUGGCCUCUCCGACCGGACCUCUGCGCCGUCGGGAGCCACCAUCCCGACAUACGAUAACACCUCGACUGCCCCGUCCGACAUCUCAUUUACACAAGCCCCCAUGCCGUCGCCUUACACCCAGCACAAAACAUCCCUACCUACGAGGGGACACCCACGAAGCCACCAACACCAACGGAAAAAAGAUGCGCAUGAAAGGAAGCGCACCAAGGUUGACACCGAAUCCGCUUUAGAGUCGCUAGACUACUGGAUUCAAUUUGACGAUGAAGAAGCCGACAGAAUGGGAAGUUUUGAGAUUGACUUUUCCAAGCGUUAUGACAUGACGAAUCAGACCAGACCCGCAUAUGCGACAUCAACGACGCCAGGACUCGGAACAGGCCUUUACGCCUCCGCGCCCGCUUUCAAGGGUGCCGACUUCCUCGACGACAACGCCCUCGAUAAUGCGCUGUCCGACGAUGAAGAGGGCUUUGACUCCAUUAAUCUAGAGGAGCACUUGGCCAAAAUUGAGACCAUGCCACCACCAGAAGUGCCCCCUCGAGAGGGCCUUUAUUCUACCCCACUGAGUUGGGAGAGGCCAGAACCCGGUCUGCGAAUGGACCAGCCUUUCGGAGUUGGUGAAAGCCCCGGAAGUAUGGGAGGCAUGGGAGGCAUGGGAGGCAUGGGAAUGGGGGGCUAUCAACAGACGAUGCCCGGCGUUGGCAACCAAGUUAAUCAGGUUCUGAGCAACGACGAGCAGCGGCGCCUCCUGGCCAUUGCCAUGAAUACUGGCCGAACACCGGCGAGUUUCAUGCCCCCUAGUGGAUUUGGCCUCGGGUUUGGCGCUGGCUUGGGAACUGGCUUGCCCCCAGAGUUCAACGCCAGCAUCGACUCCAUUCUUGGCGUUGGGGAUCACAGCCAAAACCAGACUCCAACACCAGCCGACAGCUCCAAGGCUCUGGGCGCGGAAAUCAAGCGUGAGACCUCCUCCAAUGACGGCUCCACGGCUUUGAGCUCCUCUGGGGUCCAUCACUCCAUGUCAGACAAGGGCAAGGACAAGCUCAAGGCUGGGGAUCGGACAGCUCAUAACGACAUUGAGCGAAAAUACAGAACAAACCUCAAGGACAAAAUUGCAGAGCUACGCGACGCCGUGCCGGCUUUGAUGUCCAUACCUGAGGAUGGAGAAGACGACGGAGAGUCGUCUUCAAAUCCACAAAGAGCCCCCAAAGUGAGCAAGGGGACUGUUUUAACAAAGGCCACCGAAUACAUCCAAUACCUGGAACGUCGCAACAAGUCCAUUUUGAAGGAGCACCAGGAGCUCGCCCGGCGACUUCAGGCGUUUGAGCAGCUGCUCAGUGCUUCGGCCCGACAGCCAUUCCUGAUGCCCAACCACAGCCGAACCCUCUUCGACCCGAGAGGGUUCUGCUAG